AGCUCGCUUCGCUCGCUCUCCCGGUGAUCUGAUGGCGGCGGCCGCGGCGGCGGGCGGCGCGGCGCCGCCGCGCGUCCUCUCCGCGGAGACGAGGAGGGAUCCGGUCGCCGUGGGGCUCUCCCCGUGGCGGCGGGGGAGUAGGGUUCGCGCCUCGCGCCUUCGCAUGGAGAAUGUUUGCCAUGGCCAGCUGAUAUCGACUAAUAUCAAUUCGAGGUCAUUUCUGGGUAGUCCAUGCCGUUGUGCUCAGAUGGCAGUGGCCAACACAAGUAUUGCUUAUCAACCUGAUGUUGACAGGCACAGUGGAGUUCUGGCCUAUGAACUGGUUCAAGGGAGCCUUGUGCAAUGGAACUCAUUUAUGGACAAAUCAGUACCUGAUCCACCAACAGCUGUUCUCCUUCACGGCAUCCUUGGGAGCAGGAAAAACUGGGGAUCUUUUGCAAAGAGGCUGGCUCAGGAAUUUCCAAUGUGGCAGUUCCUCUUGGUUGAUUUGCGUUGCCAUGGAGAUUCAACGUCAAUUAAGAAAAGAGGACCACAUACCGUUGCCUCGACUGCUCUUGAUGUUCUAAAGCUGAUAGUGCAGCUCAGGUUAACUCCACGGGUGUUGGUUGGUCACAGCUUUGGUGGAAAAGUGGCUCUGAGUAUGGUAGAACAAGCUGCAAAACCGCUUGCACGUCCUGUUAGGGUAUGGGUUCUUGAUGCUACUCCUGGCAAGGUUCGUGCUGGGGGAGAUGGCGAAGAUCACCCUGCUGAACUUAUUGAGUCCCUCAGAAGAAUGCCUAUGCAGGUUUCUUCAAAGCAAGAAGUGGUGGAUGCUCUAGUUAAAGAACAAUUUUCUAUGGAUGUUGCACGGUGGGUGGCAACAAAUCUCCGACGAAGCAGUCCAUUAGGGUCACUAUCGUCUUCAAGCUUCUCAUGGAAUUUUGACCUAAAUGGCAUCUCUGACAUGUACAAGUCCUAUGAAGAGACUAACUUAUGGGGGAUUGUAGAGAAUGUACCAAGGGGCGUUCAUAUUAAUUUCCUUAAAGCCGAAAGAAGUUUGCAUAGAUGGGCUCUUGAAGAUCUCCAGAGAAUUCAUACUGCUGAGGAAUUGGCCUCAGAUGAGGGUGGAGGAGUGGAAAUGCAUGUGCUUGAAGAUGCUGGACAUUGGGUGCAUGCAGAUAACCCUGAUGGGCUAUUUAGAAUUCUUUCGUCAACCUUCCGCAUCGAGACUACCAUAAGAGGGAUGCAGAAUUGAGAUGCUGAAGUUCCAAAAAUAUCUGCUGCAGUACUAUUGUAUGUUGGUAGGGGUAGGCGAUGACAUGAAGAGAGAAGACACAUGAAAGGCAUCACAAACUUUUAUUCAGUUUUGUAGAAUAUGACGAGCUGGAGAAACCUCAGCGAGGGGUCAAUCUAACUGCCAACAUUGUUGUGUGUGGGUCAUUUGUUCAUUCAUUCGAUUCAUCGAUCUUGUAUGUAACAUGGCUGCCGACUGCAGUUAUACUGUUCUUCGUGGAAAAACCUGUAAUUAUGUUCUCAUGCAAUGAACAGAUGUGUAGUUACAAA